ACAACAGACAUAUAAAAAGCUGAAUGAUGACAUCGUGUGUGGUUAUGCGCUUAAAACAACGGAAAUAAAUAACGUAAAAUUUCAGCUUUCAACUCUCAUGCUUCCGGCAUCUUACACUUCAGUCUCAAAACAACAGCAACAGAUAAACAAGCUAAUGAAUGUAUGGUUAUACUCUAAACCAAACUAAUAUUGAUUAUUCUGGGGGGUGGGCGAUAAAACAAUACAACUACUUCCGCUAGCGAUACGCGACGGGUUCAGUUUGCUAUCUUGUGUUAGCUAGCAUUUGGGGGAAAAACUACCAACGUCUGAGUACGCAAGCGCAGAGGCCUAACGCGCUCUGCUCAUAAACUUCUCACUCACAACGACUCAACUCUCCGCGCGUGGCAACUAAGCGUCCUGCCGUUGGCCGCAGGAAGUGAAAAUGUUUACGGUGACUUUGGAGUUUUCAUUAAGGUUACGGCAAACAUUAUGCCAUUUUUGUUUGAUUGGAUCCAGACUGACAGCUGCGUGAUGAAAACGCCACUGGAAGAAGAGGUGAAUGAUUGACGGGACAAACCGCUCUGGCCGCCUUUGGGUGACAGGUGAACUCGGUAGCACGACGUCGAAAGUGUCACAUCGCCGUGUCACGACGUGUCGGCUAACUCGCCAUGGCAACUGCUGAGUGACAGACAGCCAGACAGCAGGUGUGGAGGGUUUGUCACUUGAAGGACGCCGUCGCUCCGCCUUCCUGCACGUCCUCCCCGCCCACCUCAUUACUGAUGCGGCCACCCAGCGGAGGCUGCUUUGAAGUGUGCCUGCCGUGAUCAGAGCUGCUCGAGUCCGGAGCGAAGACGCGCAGUGGGACGUUUCCUCUCAACGCUUGGGAUCUACAAAGUACACUCUGGUGUUUUAUCCCCUUACUGAAGAGACACUUGCUGUGUCCAUUUUUGCGCGUUGCAACUCGCACGGUGGACUUUUAUGUUUUUGAAACUGGAGUAUAAGAACCUCGAGGGAGAUCGAGAUGCUUCAGACGAAGUGAGAGGCUCCGCCGUCCUUCGGGACAUUUAAGGACGUCCAACUGUGUUUUCUUUGGGACAUGACUGCUGUCUGCAUGGAUUACAUUUAAACAUCACCCAUACACGCACUAUUUUGGGCUAAAAGUAACGCACACCCCCAGAGCGCGGCGCCCUCUCUCCAAUGAAAUAUCUGCCUGCUGCGGAUCGAGCAAGUAAGCGGAUCGAGCGCAGUGAGACCAGCGACAGUACAAAGUCUCGUCCCGGUGCUGUGGUCUCGUUGUUGACCCCUCUGGACCCACUUCGUCAGGCAAAGCGGCUUCCUAUCCGAGUUAUCAAGAUGUUGACCGCGCACUCUGGACACAUGCUUCACCCGGAAUAUUUACAGCCCCUGACGUCCGCUCCAGUGAGCAUUGAGCUGGAUGCCAAGAAAAGUCCUCUUGCCCUCCUGGCUCAGACCUGCUCUCAGAUUGGUAAACCAGACCCACCAUCGUCCUCCAAGCUGGGCUCCUCCUGCAACCAGGGGGACAAAGAGCCCAGCAGUCGGUCGUCCAUCUCCAGCCUGAAGCUCGGGGAGCACCGCCCCUCCAUGGAGGACAAGUGUAGCUUCAAGCCCUACAGCAAAGGCAGCGGAGACUGUCGCAGAGACGGAGUUAACAGCAGCAGCUCCAAUGGCAGCAGCGAUAAAGUCGGGUUUAGGGUACCCAGCAAUAAUGUUACGGCAAAUGGAAAUUCAACCGCAGGCCAGCACUCCUAUCCCCCCCACGCUGCUUCACCCAGCUCUAGGGCCGGCAGCGGCACUCCACCAGGACACACUCAGCAACAGCAGCCGCCUCACAAACCAAGCCAGUCUCCUGGUGGACAGCCCAUGUCACACUCCCAGACUCCAAAUGGAGAAACUGUACAUGAGCGGGGCAGUCCUACCAGCAUUAGUAGUAAUAAUAAUCAUCCCAAAAAGGACGCUGACGUAAACAAGACCAACUCGGACAGUCCACACGAUGCGAACUCCAGCCACGUUCGAGCCAGCGCAAACUGCAGCAACGGCAGCUCUGAUGGUGGUUCCAACCAUGAGGGAGGUAAAGCGGAGUCUGCCCAGCCAAACCUCGGCCCUGGACGCAUUACACCCAUUUCUCCUUAUAAAACGAGCCAGCCGCUCUUCCCUCUGCCCUCCUCCAAUAUGGGCUAUCACGGAUCUUUAGUUGGGGCUUAUGCAGGCUACCCCUCUCAGUUUGUUCCCGGGCUGGAUCCAACAAAGUCGAGCCUUAGUGUGGGGAGCAUGGGAGUUCCUGGAAAGCACCCGAGCUCCAGCCCUCUCACCGGGGCCUCCCCUCCUUCCUUCAUGCAGGGUUUAUGCAGGGACCCCUACUGUCUAAGCUAUCCAAGUGUAUCCCAUCUCGGUGGAAGCAACUGCAACUCCUGCAUCCACGACCCUUCCUCCACCCUCAAAUCAAACUUCCCAUUGAUGUAUCCCUCCCACCCGCUCCACUCCCUCCACCAAAGCUCUCUGUCAUCCAGCGUGUCCUCCUCCCUCUCACAUCCCCUCUACACGUACGGCUUCAUGCUCCCCAACGACCCCCUGCCUCACGCCUGUAACUGGGUCUCAGCCGGGGGGCCCUGCGACAAACGUUUCGCCACGUCAGAGGAGCUCCUGGCUCACCUCCGCACACACACAGCCCUGCCUGUGGGAAUGGACAGUAAGCUGCUUUCUGUUUCCUCCUCUGGACCUGCCUCCUGCCACCUCCACCUCCCCCACCAGAGCAGUCCAGGCUCCAUGCCCAGCUCCCUCUCACUCAGGGCUCCCCCCAGCCUGGGUUUGGCUCGCUAUCACCCCUACAGUAAGGUCCAUCUGCCCCCCGGACCAUCCUCCAUCUCCCUGCACUCUCUGCCCACCACAGGCCCGUACUACCCUCAUUAUGCUCUCUACAGUCAAAGACUUGGAUCUGCAUCUGCUUUGGGCUAUCAGUGACACAUCAUCUACUCACAUGCUUAAAUAAAUGGUUCAGCAUUGUAGGAAAUAUGUUUAUUCGCUUUCUCACAGAGAGUUAAAUGAGAAGACUGAUACCAUACUGCAGCUUAGCUUAGCUUAGCACAAACACUGGAAACAACUAGCUAGUUUCCAGGCAUCUAGGAUCUCCAUCGAGAAAUAGUUCAACCCAACCCCCCUCAUAAAAUGGAAGAUUGACAAUUUUACACUUAAGUUAUUGUACAAUUCAAACAAAUGAGAUGUAAUGUGUUAAUUAGUGAGCUUCAGAAGAGCUAGUAGGUGCAUUUUAUGGCUGUUGGUCAUUUAAAGUCUUUGUGCUAAGCUCACCUAACCUGCUACUGCCUGUAAGCUUAUAAUUAACGGACAGAUAUGAGAAUGGUAUUAUUCCUCUCAUCUACCUUUCCACUGAAAAGCCAGUGAGCGUAUUUUCCAAAAUAUCGAACUCUUACUUAACAUUUGUACUUAACUGUGGCAAGUUGCUGCUUCCACUGACUUAAGACUGGAUUCAAAUUGAACUAGGAUGGGACUGCAAGUCCAGGGUUUUGACCUGAGUGCAUCUUCAACACUUUCUUUCUACAUUAUAUCUGAGAUUUGGUGUUUCUAAUCAGGCCUCACUCCUACAGAUCAGAGGACAUGCAGUUCUUGCAUAUGUGCACAUUGCGCGGAUACUUUUGCAAAAGUCAUGACUGCCCUUCGGUGACUUCUGCUGCCCUGUGGGCUUGGCAAAUUGAAGGUUGGACGCUGUGUAAUAGCACUUGGAUGUUCAGGGUUCCCGUGGCAAAUGAUGAUGAUUUAGCGCAUAAAAACGUACUGUGGCGGGGAUGGCAAUAAGCUGCAACCGUGGACUGACGCAAGUCUGGCCACUGUCAGGCGAUUCCCUGCAAGAGAUGCAUGUAAGCUUGACACAGCAUACUCACUUAACUGUUUAUUCAGCCCCAUGGUUUGUGAUGAUUUGUUUUGGUUCCUUAUGUUUCGUUUAUUCCUACUGAGACUUUGUAUUUAUUUUGUACCGGGAAUCUGGCUUUAGUGUUUACCAUAUAAAUCUAUUCUCAUUUUACAGUCCUCUGAGCAGACAUGUGGGAAGUCAGAUGACAGAUGUUGAAUAUGUCGUGUCUUAACACUUUUUCGAGGAUGAUGAAUGUUGAAAUCACAUCUAUCUCUCUCUCUUUCUCUCUCUCUCUCUCUCUCUCUGAACUCUUCAGCUUUUUGAAAUUUAUUUCCACAGCAAAUCAAUUAAACUGAGAUGUGAUAUAUUUUGUAAAAGUGGAAUACCUUGUGUUGGUAUUCAGUUAAAGGGGAGGUCAUAUUUUGUUAAAUAAAUCACAUUAAAGUUGUA